AUGACAAAUCUUGAUCGAAGUUGGAUUAGUAACCGGUUGCAACGAGAUAAAAUUACUCUUAAUUUAGAAUAUAGGGAAGGUGUAGAGGAAUUUUUGAAUUUUGCAAGCUUGAAAAUGGAGGAAGGUAUGAUGAAAUGUCCUUGCAAGCUUUGUAAAAAUUUGAAUUGGUUAGGGGUAGAUGAUGUUCGGUUUCAUUUGAUAUCCGAGGGUAUGAUGGAGAGUUAUACGGUAUGGACUUCGCACGGAGAGGUUUCGCAAAAAAAUAAAAAGCGAAAAUCAUGUGAAACGCGAGAAUGUCGUAGGGUAGUAGAUGAUCAUGUUGAUAUCAACUCCAUGUUACAUGAUUUUGCCGGUUCGAAUCAUGAAUUUUAUGAUACCACGGGUACUACUAAUGUUGAAGAAGCUCCUAAUGAUAGUGCUAAAGAAUUUUAUAAGGCGAUUGUUGAAAAUGGUGCUCCUAUUUAUCCCGGUUGCACAAAAUUUACAAGAUUAAGUUUUACCGCAAAAUUGUUGGAGUUCAAAAAUGCGUCUAAUAGUAGUGACAAAGCCUUCAACAGUUUGAUUAAGAUCAUUAUGGACGUGUUACCAAAAAAGCACACAUUACCCGAGUCUUAUUAUGAGAUGAAAAAGGUUAUGAAAAGUUUAAGGGUGGAAUAUGAAAAAAUUGAUGUGUGCGAGAAUGAUUGUAUGCUAUUUUAUGGAGAUGACAAAGAUAAAAUUGUGUGUGAUAUAUGUAGUUGUAAUCGAUAUUUGGAUAAAUCAAGGAAAAAUGGUAAGAAAAUUCCGAGAAAGAUUUUAAGACAUUUUCCUUUGAUUCCCCGACUGCAACGCUUAUAUAUGUCGGCACAUACAUCCAACCACAUGAGGUAUUACAAAAAUCGAGAGGUCAAUGAAAAAGAAAUUUCUCACCCUGCGGAUGGAGACGAAUGGAAGAAUUUUGACCUCCGAUAUCCAUCAUUUGCUCAAGAAAUUCGUAAUGUAAGACUUGGUUUUGCGACCGAUGGUUUCAACCCGUUUGGGAAUACGGGUAACAAAACAUAUAGUGUAUGGCCCGUGGUAAUUGUUGUGUAUAAUCUUCCGCCGUCCAUGUGUAUGAAGAGACCGUAUAUGUUUUUGACGGAUAUUAUACCGGGUCCGGAGAGUAUUGGGAAAAAUAUUAAUAUAUAUCUUAGACCUCUCAUUGAUGAAUUGAAGACAUUAUGGUAUACCGGAGUGCAAACAUAUGACCAAUCUCUAAAACAAAAUUUUACCAUGAGAGCGGCUCUUAUGUGGACAAUCAGUGAUUUUCCUGCCAUGAGUAUGGUAAGUGGUUGGUCGGGGAAAGGAAAGCUUGCAUGUCCAGUGUGUUUGGGAAGUGUGCAGGGGUUUCAGUUAAAACAUUCUGGGAAAUGUUCUUUUCAUGGCACUAACCGAAUUUUUCUUGAACCUAAUGAUCCAUUGCGUAAGAAGAGUAGCUUGUUUGACCAUUCGGAAAAAAGGUUGUGGCGUGGACGCUUAUCCGGGGAGGAAGUUAAAACUUGGAUUGAUAGCAUAGACUUUCCACCACCCGGAAAGACUAACAAAAAGAAAAGAAGUGAUGGAUAUGGGGUUGAGCAUCAUUGGACUCAUGCCCCGAUGUUCUAUGAUCUCCCUUAUUGGUCUUCACAUAGUUUGCGACAUUCCAUUGAUAUCAUGCAUACCGAAAAAAAUGUGUUUGAGAACAUAUUUUUUACCAUUGUUGGGGGCAAGAAGUCAAAAGAUCACCACAAGGCAAGGUCGGAUUGCAAACACUUCGGUGUGUUGCCUCAUUUGUGGAUUGAUGAAAAUGGCAAAAAACCAAAAGCUCCGUACUCUCUUAGUAGAAAACAACUCAAACUUCUAUGUCAGUGGAUUGAGUCGUUGAAACUUCCAGACGGUUAUGUCUCAAAUAUAUCUCGUUGUUGCAAUGCUAAGGAGUGUAAGUUUUUUGGAUUUAAAUCGCAUGAUUGUCAUAUUUUCCUUCAAAAAUUGUUGCCUCUAUCAAUUCGCGAGCUUCUACCGGGACCAAUUGUGGAUGCCUUGACAAUGAUUUCCAAUUUUUUUCAAGAAUUAUGUUCAUCUGUGAUUACGAGAUCCGACUUGGAUCUAAUGACGAAAUCGGUUAUUAGAGCUUUGUGUUUAUUGGAAAUUGUCAAGCUUAUUUAUCGAGGAGGAAAUUAUGUAUAUUUAUUCAAAUGUAUAUGGUUUGAUAGUGUCGGAAAUGGUGUUGUGAUUGAUAAAAAUAGGGUCGUGACCGUGGAUAUUACUUCAAGAUUGAAGUCGGAUGAGAUUUUUAUUUUGGCUAGUCAAGCUUCCCAGGUUUACUAUGCUCCCAGUGUAUUGAAUCCACAUGGCAAAUAUUUUACGGUCGUCAAGUCUAAAAGUCGUCCGAUAAGCGAAUCUAUCAAAAUAUCAAAUGAUAUUGAAGAAGCUUAUCAAGAAGAUAGAUCAAAUGCUACUAGUGCAUUCUCUAUAUUUGUUGAUUUUGCACAAUAUGGUUCCUUACCGUAA